AGUACCAGAGAAGCAGAAAUCAAGUUGAAAAGUGAAAGCAGAGUUAAACUUUUUGCCUUGGAUCCAGAUGCACAGAAACUUGACUUUUCUGGUAUUGAACCAGAAGUGAAGCCAUUUGAAGAGAAAUUUGGAAAAAAAAUUCUUGUGAAGUGUAAUGAUUUAUCUUUUAAUUUGCAAAGCUGCGUUGCGGAAAAUGAAGAAGGACCAACAACAAAUGUAGAACCUUUUUUUGUCACAUUAUCACUAUUUGAUAUUAAAAACAACCGGAAGAUUUCAGCAGAUUUCCAUGUUGAUUUGAACCACGCCUCAGUAAGGUACAUGAUACCCAAUGCAUCUCAACAAAUGGUAAAUGGCAGUGGUGAUAGCUUACACAGAAUUCAAGACAUUCAUGAAACGGUGUUACAAUAUCCAAAGCAGGGAAUAUUCUCAGUCACAUGUCCUCAUACUGACAUUUUCCUCGUGGCUAGAAUAGAAAAAGUAUUACAAGGAAGUAUUACACAUUGUGCUGAACCAUAUAUGAAAAGUUCAGAUUCUUCAAAGGUUGCACAGAAAGUUUUGAAGAACGCUAAGCAGGCAUGCCAGAGAUUAGGUCAAUAUAGAAUGCCUUUUGCGUGGGCAGCUAGGACGCUGUUUAAAGAUGCCUCAGGAACCUUGGACAAAAAUGCAAGAUUUUCUCCUCUCUUCAGACAAGACAGUAAUAAACUUUCAAAUGAAGACAUGCUGAAAUUAUUAGCAGAUUUCAGGAAACCUGAAAAGAUGGCCAAACUUCCUGUUAUUUUAGGAAAUCUGGAUGUUACAAUUGAUAAUGUGUCACCAGAUUUUCCAAAUUAUGUUAACUCAUCAUACAUUCCCAUGAAACAGUUUGAAAACAGUACCAAGGCACUAAUAACGUUUGAAAUAGAGGAAUUUGUUCCCUGUAUACCAAAACACACUCAGCCUUUCACCAUCUACAACAAUCAUCUUUAUGUUUAUCCAAAACACUUGAAAUAUGACAGUCAAAAGUCUUUUGCAAAGGCUAGAAAUAUUGCAGUAUGCAUUGAGUUCAAGGAUUCUGAUGAAGAGGAUUCUUUGCCUUUAAAGUGUAUCUAUGGUAGGCCAGGUGGACCAGUAUUUACUAGAAGUGCGUUCGCUGCUGUUCUGCAUCACCAUCAAAAUCCAGAGUUUUAUGAUGAGAUUAAAAUAGAAUUACCCACUCAGUUACACGAAAAGCACCAUUUGUUGUUCACCUUCUACCAUGUCAGCUGUGAUAACUCAAGCAAAGGGAGUACAAAGAAGAAAGAUGUUGUUGAAACACAAGUUGGGUAUUCUUGGCUUCCUCUAAUAAAAGAUGGAAGAGUGGUGACCAAUGAGCAACAGAUCCCAGUGUCAGCAAAUCUUCCAUCAGGCUAUCUUAGUUAUCAAGAAAUGGGGGUUGGAAAGCAUUCUGGUCCUGAAAUUAAAUGGGUAGAUGGAGGCAAACAACUGUUAAAAAUAUCCACUCAUCUGGUGUCAACUGUGUAUACACAGGACCAGCACUUGCAUAAUUUUUUUCAGUACUGUCAGAAAACAGAGUCUGGAGCUCGUGCACUAGGAACUGAUCUUGUAAAAUAUCUUAAGAGCCUUCAUGCUAUGGAAGGCCAUGUGAUGAUAGCUUUCCUGCCAACUGUUCUAAACCAGUUGUUUAGAGUUCUCACUAGAGCAACUCAAGAGGAAGUUGCAGUCAAUGUGACAAGGGUUAUUAUCCAUAUUGUUGCUCAGUGUCAUGAAGAAGGCUUGGAUAGCUACCUGAGAUCUUAUGUCAAGUAUGCUUAUAAAGCUGAACCCUAUGUUGCUUCUGAAUAUAAGACAGUACAUGAAGAAUUGACAAAGUCCAUGACAACAAUUUUAAAGCCAUCUGCUGACUUUCUUACAAGCAACAAGCUACUUAAGUAUUCAUGGUUUUUCUUUGAAGUUCUGAUAAAAUCAAUGGCUCAGCAUUUGAUAGAAAACUCUAAAGUGAAG